AUGGUCUUCAGUCUCGACAUCGGCUCUACCGCCGUCUUCGUCGUCGUCAAGCUCGAUCAUAUCCUCUCCACCGAUCAACUCUCUAACAUCAUCGGCGUUCCUUCCUCCAAACACACUAAGGAGCAGGCAUGCUUUCUCGAAAUCCCGCUCUUUGCUUCCACGCCCAGCAACCGUGUCUGGAAGCAACCACUCGCAGUAUCCUUCACUACUGUGAAGCCCCAGCUCAAGUUCAUAAUCAUAAAAGCUUCGGCUGCAGAGGAGAAAGUAGAGGCUGCAGCACCUGCGGCUGAGAAAGAGGAGGUACCAGUGGAGUUCACCCCACCUGAGCUGGAUCCAAACACGCCAUCCUCAAUAUUCGGAGGAAGCACUGGAGGGCUAUUGAGGAAGGCCCAAGUGGAAGAGUUCUAUGCGAUAACAUGGGAUUCUCCGAAAGAAUAG